AUAAUCUGAACAGCAUCCAGCGAAAAGAAACUGCCCAGCUACUGAAGGACGGCAAGGAGGUUUCGGCCGUCGCAAGGGUGGAAACUGUGAUUAGAACGGACUAUCUUAUAGAGGCUUUAGAGGGAAUCGACGCGUUCUGCCAGCAACUAUUAGACCGAUUUUCAAUCGUCGAAGGCCGGAAGUAUAUCGACGAAUCCGUAACAGAGGCCGUAUGCACUGUUAUGUGGUCGGCCCCACGCUUGCCUGCAGAUGUCAAGGAGAUUCACGUG